GAGAACUUUGUGGGCUAUAAAAGCUGCUCCCCGCGCGCGCUUUCCGGCGACCUCUUCCUGCGUUCUCACGGUUGUUUCUGUUUGCGAGACCUGUGGCUCGACCCUGCUGAUAGCAAGAUGUCUUCAGGAAAUGCAAAAAUUGGGUAUCCUGCUCCCAACUUCAAAGCUACAGCUGUUAUGCCAGAUGGACAAUUCAAAGAUAUCAGUCUCAAUGACUACAAAGGAAAAUAUGUUGUGUUCUUCUUUUACCCUCUUGACUUCACUUUUGUGUGUCCCACGGAGAUCAUUGCUUUCAGUGAUAGAGCAGAAGAAUUUAAGAAGCUCAACUGCCAAGUGAUUGGAGCUUCUGUGGAUUCUCACUUCUGUCAUCUGGCAUGGAUUAACACACCCAAGAAACAAGGAGGAUUGGGACCCAUGAACAUUCCCUUAGUAUCAGAUCCCAAGCGCACCAUUGCUCAGGAUUAUGGAGUCUUAAAGGCUGAUGAAGGUAUAUCUUUCAGGGGCCUCUUCAUUAUUGAUGAUAAAGGUAUCCUUCGCCAGAUAACAAUAAAUGACCUUCCUGUUGGCCGCUCUGUGGAUGAGAUUCUGAGACUAGUCCAGGCCUUCCAGUUCACUGACAAACAUGGUGAAGUGUGCCCAGCUGGCUGGAAACCUGGCAGUGAUACCAUCAAGCCUGAUGUCGUUAAGAGCAAAGAGUAUUUCUCUAAGCAGAUGUGAGCACUGGACCACUUUCCUGCCAGGCAGCAUUGAUCAGCCAGGAGAAAAUCUCUUCUUGUGCUCUACUCAUGCUUAAACACGUGAUGUGGUGUGAUUCCAGAUACGCCUUUCCUGCAAGGCUGGGGAUGGGCUGAGCUGUGUUUAUAUUAGUCACAGAAACCAGCCUGUUAAUUUUUUCUUUCUUUUUUUUAAGUGUAUUAAACGCGAAUUCUGAGAA